CAUUAUUAUUGAUACACCAUACGGAUUCAGGUGGAACUCUUUCUCCUACAACCACCUCGUCCCGCUCUUAUUUUUUCGUAGUCGCCGUUGCCGUCGGCGACAGGGACAGCGACGAGCCAUUCUACCCAAUGCCUCCAGCAGCACAUACAAGUCCCUCAGAUAUUUCACGAGAUAGACAAAAGAAGCCAAGACAUAGACAUUCUCCAGCUCAGCUCGCUGCCUUGAAUGAGCUCUUCGAAAGAGAUGAGCAUCCCUCUCUAGAUAUGAGGGCAUCUUUGGCAGAACGUCUUGGCAUGGAAACAAAAACUGUGAAUGCGUGGUUCCAGAACAAACGAGCUAGCUCAAAGAAGAGGACGGUCACUCGUACUGCCCCAGAUGCAGAUAUACAGCCUAUGACUUCCUCUACGCCCCCGAAUCAUCCUGGCUCAAAUAUAGCUUCAGAAGAAUAUUUUGAGGACGAUCAUUAUCUCCCAAUUGAUCAUCCCCAGCGCUCACUUCAAUCGCCUAACCCUGUGCCCGGCUGGUCUCAAGCUCAUACUUUCGGUUCUGAUCAUACUCAAGAUCUUUCCGACAACGAUCCAGCUCGUCGCAUGAGGGUGCGGCCGACACCAGAGCAGACUGAGGAACUCAAAAAGCUCUUCAACAUCAUCGCUCACCCUUCGACGGAACAAAGACAGGGUUUGGCAGACCGUAUCGGAAUGCGUUAUCAGAGUGUAACGAAUUGGUUUCAAAAUCAGCGUAGUAUUGCCAAAAAGAAAAAAGAGGACGAGAUUUUACAACCUCUUGAUGACCGCCGAACAUAUCCAGGACUCAGUGCGCCCUCCUCUGGAUUUCCGCCCACUAGGAGCCACCCCUCUCUUCCUUCGUAUAGGCGAAGCGUCUCUCCAGCUUAUUCAUACCAGGAAGAGCUUUCAAGGAACCCGCGUCGAAGUACCACACCUUAUUCGGUCGGUGUGACGUCACGCUCGAAGCGUUCUCGUCCAGAGCCGAAUCAACUCGCCGCACUCAACGCUUUGUACCGAAAAAAUCCUCAUCCUUCAGUGGAAGACCGUACAGCUCUAGCGGUAGAAAUCGGAAUGGACCUCGGUAAAGUUACUAACUGGUUCCGAAACAUUCGCCAGACACAUCGAAGACACGCCAAAAAGGCGGGAAGCGGGGACGACGAUGAUUAUUACCCGAACGGCGCUGAUGCGUACGGUUCAGCGUCUCGUUCGGGAUCACCAUCACUUCAGUCAACGUCCUCGUCCACGAACGAGGAUGAAGCACGUGGAGGAACAUUUUCCGGGAGUGAAGAUGAGGACGAAGAAGCAGUUACACCGAGGUCCCAGUCACCGUCUAUCCCCGUAGAGAAUACGUUCUCCUGCUCCCGGCCCUCCUUACCACGCAUUUCGCUGAAAACCCUCAGCCUUGCUGCUGUUGAACCGUCUCUCACGGAGGCAGAAAAUAUGCUAUCUAAUAAGGGAAUCAAAGUCGAGGAUGCGCUUUUAUUGCUUACCUUUCACCGGCAAGAGGUCCUAAUAUAGGGUUUGAACACCCAUCACCUGUCGUUUUUAUUUAUCUCACGGACUUGAAAGUUAUACACGUCUUUGGUGCUUGCUAGCGUUGGACGUACUGUCUCCCCCGACCUUACUGUAUCCGGCGCAUUCGCCUUUCGUACCUAAUAUCUCGACGCUUGCUUAACGCUUCUAACCACUCGUCUACUCUCCAGCUCAAAAAUACGUCGCCAAUCCCCUUCUCUCCCCCAAUUUUGUGUCUGCCAUUUUUUGGGUGAAUCCAUUGCAGAGUGCCAUAUGAGGAUUCACGUGUUGUUUUUUAAAAGGCAAAACAAUGUAUUUU